GGAAACGGGAGUGGCUUCCAAGGCCACCGUUUUUCCUUUCUGCUAGUAGCACCAGCAGCCCGCCCGCCCACGCCACGGCACAAGCACAGCCAGAAACCACGGGAUAACGCGGCGCACGCGGCCAAACCGCACCGAGGCAGAGAGAGCGAGCGAGAGAUUGGGAGGAGCUCCGGCAGGCAGGCAGCAGGACGUCGAGCCGAGGAGCUACCGGAGAGACCUGCUGGCCGGACAGCAUGGAGGAGCCGGCCAUGGCCGACCCGCCGCGGAUCUUCUGGAAGUCCAGGAGGAGGCCGUCGUCAGCCAAUGGCCGGAGCUUGCAAGCACAAGAACAUAGCAACGAGGCCGCUGCCACCGAAGAGGCAGCAGCGGGCAAUCUUCCGGCUCAAGGAGAAGCCAUGAAGAUUGAUGACGCAAAUGCAGCAAGCACCACCACAGAGGAUGAUGCUCAUCAGGCAGAUCCGAUGGCUAACCUAUCUGAGAAGCGAAAGGCGCUCUUCGAGCCCCUGGAGCCGAUCAAUGGCAAGCGCAGCGCUGACAUGCUGCUUCCGCCACCGGACUUCGAGCCUACAUCGUAUCCCAAGGGAUGGCUGGUUGGUAAGAAGCGCAAGCUCGUCAAUGUCGAUGUGGUGGAGAGCAUGAGGAGGAUAGCGAUCCUGGAAAUGAACAGAAAGGACCGUGAAAUCGGCGGGCUCAAUGAACAGCUAGAGGAGGACUCCCGCGUGCUGGAGCUUCUGCAGAAGCAGCUCACGGACGAGCGCAGGAAGCGGUCGGAGAUCGAGAAGGAGAACUCCAUGCUUCAAGAGCAGGUGUCCAUGCUGAUGAGCAUGCUUGAUGAAAACGAAGCCUUCGACGAGGAAGGGGAAGAGGUGCCACCGCCCGACUCCAUCGAUUAAGCAUUUCCGACAACUGCAGGUUCCCCUUUUUAAGAAAAGGCAUCCGCAGCACGUCCAUCUUUGGGUGCCAAUUUGAGAGUAUCCCGGAGGUUUCUAUUGGUCUCUCGUGUAGAAUUCAAUUUAUAUUAUUUCGUUUCAUGGUUUGCAUCGUGUAGGCGAAGGGUGCAUGUUUUAUUGUUCCUGUUCGUGUCUAGGUUUGUUGCAGAUGUAUGGAGACAUUUGCGACGCAUUUUAUUUGAAAUGCAAUUGUGUGUAUAUGGUAUUACGAUUAUUUUGCCA